GCCUCUCACGUGUGUUGGCUGUGCGUACCCGGGCGAGAGGGUAAUGCGCGGAGACCCUGCGUGGGAGGCGGCGGCGGGCCAGGCGGUUGUUGCUGACAGUGAAAGACUUCCCCUCAAAGCUGUUUAAAUGAGAAUGUCCCUGGCCCAAAGAGUACUACUGACAUGGCUUUUUACGUUACUCUUCCUGAUCAUGCUGGUGCUAAAGCUGGAUGAGAAAGCGCCGUGGAACUGGUUCCUCAUCUUUAUUCCAGUUUGGAUAUUUGAUACCAUCCUUCUAGUUAUGCUCAUUGUGAAAAUGGCCGGACGCUGCAAGUCUGGCUUCGACCCUCGCAACGGCUCCCAGAACAUCAAGAAGAAAGCCUGGUACCUCAUUGCAAUGCUGCUCAAGCUGGCCUUCUGCCUCGCCCUCUGUGCUAAACUGCAGCGAUUCACCGCCAUGAAACUGGCCUAUGUGUUCAUCCCUCUGUGGGCCCUGCUCAUUGGGGGUAUGGUUGAACUUGGAUAUAAUAUCUUCUAUGUACGAAGAGACUAAACUGUACUGUGUGGGUUUAACACUGAUGCUGAUACCAAGUUACUGGGUUAUUACAGUUUUGCCACAAACUUGGUCUCCAAAUUAGAAAGCCAAGUAAGGAAUCAGCCAGACUGCAGACUUUAAACUGAAGACUGAAAGUAGACUUAUUCCAUUUUUUUUAUUGUAAAACUGUCACAUAUGCUCUUGUAAAUAAAAGUAUUUGUUCAGCAUAA